AUGCGGGAGCGGAGGAGCCCGCAGCCGGCCGUGGCCCGGUGCAAGCUGGUGCUGGUGGGGGACGUGCAGUGCGGGAAAACCGCCAUGCUGCAGGUGCUGGCGAAGGACUGUUACCCCGAGACCUACGUGCCCACGGUGUUCGAGAACUACACGGCCUGCCUGGAGACGGAGGAGCAGCGCGUGGAGCUGAGCCUCUGGGACACCUCUGGGUCCCCAUACUACGACAAUGUGCGCCCCCUCUGCUACAGCGACUCGGACGCCGUCCUGCUCUGCUUCGAUGUGGGCCGUCCCGAGACCAUGGACAGUGCCCUGAAGAAGUGGAAGACCGAAAUCCUGGACUACUGCCCCAGCACCCGCGUGCUGCUGAUUGGCUGCAAGACGGAUCUGCGGACUGACCUGAGCACCCUGAUGGAGCUGUCCCACCAAAAGCAGGCGCCCGUCUCCUACGAGCAGGGCUGCGCCGUGGCCAAGCAGCUGGGAGCAGAGAACUACCUGGAGUGCUCAGCCUUCACGUCCGAGAAGAGUGUGCACAGCGUCUUCCGGACAGCAUCCACCAUCUGCCUGAGCAAGGCCAGCCCCCCGCUCCCCAAGAGCCCCGGGCGCAGCUUCUCCAAGAGACUCCUGCACCUGCCCAGCCGAUCCGAACUCCUCUCUUCCACCUUCAAGAAGGAGAAGGCUAAAAGCUGCUCCAUCAUGUGA